CCCCUCCUCCACAGCCUGCAACCCAUCCCCUCCCUUUCCAAAGCUAGUUCAGGGCUUAGUUCUGAUAUGAUUAAAUGAUAUAUGAGAGAAAUUAGACCCAAGAAGGUUAUCAAUGGUCAUGUAUUUAUACUAGAGGUCACAAGAAGAAGAAGAGGAAUAUUAGGUAGAGAAACAAAACAUUUUACCUAAACCAUUUCACACACCCUAGAAAACAUCAUUACAGUCGCCUAGCAAACUAGGCAGCUCUACAUCAAAGUGUGAUAUACAUCGACUGUGUCACAGUUUACUGUAUUUUCAUAGUCACUGUGAAAAUACAGUAAAACAAGCCAACGAAGUGGAGUGAGUGGAGACGACCAACCCUUCAGGAAGUCAACAGAUCACACAGAGACACCACAGAACACCUGACCUCUGAUCUCAAUUCCAUGGAGGUGACCAGUGGUGCCAAGGAAUGCUGCGUGUGUGGCCGUCAGCUGAGUGGCAGCCGGUGGGUGAGGGGCAGCAACCAGCUAAGGCACUCAGGCCGAGCUGUAGCGGAGGCCCUUGGCGAGUUGCUGGCCUGUGAGGCACAGCUGUCGUGGGUGUGCUUUAGGUGCUACCGGCUUGUGCUGGGCCUGGACUACCACACACACCAACAGGAGAAACAAAAACUGGCUCUGCUGAGGCUCUAUGACAGCAGGGACAAAACAGAGCAGCAGGCAUCAGAGAGAGGCCUUUGCAUGACACUGGUGAUGGUGGAGGUUCUGCUGGGAAAGAAGUGCAAGAUAUUAGAGAUUAGCCGGGAUGCAUCUCCAAAUAAGGAUCAUGCAGAAAGCCAAAAGUUUGACCAAUGUUUAAGUUCUCAUGCCAUUUGUGAGGUAGAUAAGAAAAUAUUGUCCUAUCCACUUCAGUCUGUUGGUGAUCAUGAGUACCACAGGAAUGAUGGCCAAGACACCCUGUCAGGCAAACCAGCAACUUCCCUUGAAGGCCACGACAUGUCCAGCAGCCAGACUUUGGCAGACCUGUACUACACUGAAAAAUUAGUGCCAGUUACCUUGACUCCAGGUAUGAAAGACAGUAAUGCUAAAGAUAUUCAGAGUGAGAGCAAUUAUCCCAAAAAUGUUAAAUGUUCUAAUGACAGAGUUUAUCAAAAUCACAAAAACCAGUGUGGCAAGGAAGAGGAAAAUGCUACAUCUGUUGCAGUUUCCUUGUCCCAAAGACCUGUACCAAAAAGAAAAAAAACUGCAAAAAAGUGGGAUGAUUUUGAGUAUUAUGAGGAUGAGAGCAAGACUGCUGAGCCAGAAUGUGACAAGAUAGAUACCUUCCCUUCAGCUCACCAGUUUAGACUUCCUCCAAGGACAGGAAGAAAAAAAUGUCAGAAAUGUAAACAAGAAUUUUUAACAAAAAAAGCCAUCCUGAACCACAAAUGCUCUCAGAUGAAAAGAAUGGAACGUGAAAAAGUAAGAUACAAAUGUAAAGGAUGCUUGCAUGUCUUCCUCCUGAGGAGAGAAUAUAUCAAACAUGUCAACGCCUGCUACAAGAACACUCCGGUCACAUGCAACUUGUGCCUGGUGAAGCUGCCAAGUGCUGCGUACCUUCCUCGUCACCUGGCAGCCCUGCACCAAGUCAAGUCUCAUCUCACCAAGGGGGACAUUCUGUGUGAGUUAUGUGGGCGAGGGUUCAGUCGCAAGGAGGCCCUGGAACGGCAUGAGGCAAGGGUCCACGGGAAGGCUCACGGCACCCACCAGUGUUCCCUCUGUGGCCACACUUUCCCUCACACUUCGCUUCUGGCAGAACACCUCAGGGCACACCAGGGCUACACCUGUCCAGAAUGCUCCAAGGUGUUCAGCUGUAGAUCCAACCUCACACUGCAUAGGCGAGCCCACCACAUGCGCAAGGCAGCUUAUCAUUGCACUGCCUGUAACAGGCACUGGAAAUUUCAUGCCAGUUAUAUCUACCACAUGAAGAAGUUCCAUAGGUCCAGUGAGCACAAGUGUCCUGGAUGUCGGCUGUUGCUGUACUCAGAGGAAGCACUACACCAGCACUCCAUGACUUGUGCUGGCCAGGAUGCUGCCACUACCUCAAGCAUAGGAGAAGAGGAAGCUUUUAGUGGGAGGAGGCAGAGCAAUGAUGAAGAAGGAAAGCAAACUUCAAACACCACAGCAGAUGCCCUGUUGAUGAACAGAUGUCCUCCAGCCUCAGGCUCUCUCACCACUCGUGCACAACUCAUAAAAGAAUCCAGUGGCUUUGUUUUGGUGCCUGGCUUGAGGAAGUCUCAUAACACCUUCCCCCAGGGACCUCCCAAGUGUGAGAUAGUUGUGGAGGUAGUGGAGGAAACUGAUGCAGACUGCCAGUACAUCAUCUUUGUGGAGGAUGUUGCUGAAGCCCACCUGGCUGUUGAUGAGGCAUCCAUGUGGAAUACUCAAAACUUCACUCAUACCUCCAGUGUAAAUUAACAAGUGAAAAAGGGUAAUAAUCAUAUAAAAAGAUAAAUACAUACAUAAUGUAUAAAAUGUAUUGGUCUAAAUAUAAUUUAUAUUUUCAUUAAA